AUUAUUUGACAAGGUUUAUUACUUGGUCUUUGCGGUGGAGUAGGAGUCCAUGGAUCUACUACGGGCGACGUACUGCUGGUUGUGGGAACACUCCAUGGAUCAUUCUGUUGCUGCAAAAUAAGAGUCAGUGGCGUUACCGCACCAUAAAUAUUUUCCUGCGAAGAGGAUCGUUCUUUGAAGACAAGAUGAAUGUGAGACUUUUAAAAGAUCCUGCUACUGUGAGUAGCCGUAUAUUUGUGGGUCAUUUGCAAACCGAUGAUAUGACCAAACACGAAUUGGAGGAACAUUUUGCAAAAUAUGGAACUGUUGUCGGUUCCGCGAUAAACCGAGGUUUCGGUUUUGUCCAAUUCGAGGAAGAACAGUCUGCACAGAAAGCUAUUCAAAAUGAGAACGGUGCGAUGUUCAAAGGCAGAAGAAUGGAUGUUAGACCAGCAAAAAAGGAUAAUCAGUCUGGUGGAGGAGGAGGGGGAAAGCUGCAAGCAGGACUUAACAAUCAAUUUAAUUCCAAUGCUAAUCAUUUUAAUACUGGAAAUGAUUCUUUCAAUACCGGGAAUCAAAGUUUUGGAGGAAAUUCAAGUUUCGCUCCGAAUCAAAGUUUUGGUUGUGAUUUACAGUUAAACGAUAGCCAGAAAGGAAAUAAUAUGCAGAAUAGAGGUGGUGUAAACGAUCAGUUUGGCGAUGGAAAUCAGAACAGAGAUAAUAAUCAAGUCGGAAAUCAAAAUCGAAACAAUGGAAACGAUCAAUUUAAUAACAUGAUGCAAAAUAAAGGGAACAAUCAGUUUACUCCAGGUAAUCAGAAUAGAGGCGGUAAUCAAUUUGGAUUGGGUGGAAAUCAAAACAGGCCUGGUGGAAAUCAGAAUCGCAACACGAAUAAUCAGAACACUCACAAUCAAAGUGGUAUUGGGGGAGGGGGAGCGAACAGUGGCGGGGUUGGUCGACCAAGAGGCGUUAGGGGUGGAAAAAAUCGUAAUAAAAAUAGAGACGGUUCGGCUGGGAACAACUUCAGAGAUCGUAGUCCUAUUAACAGAGGUGGUCGUUUGGACGAUAAAGGUGGACGGGAUUGGGAUCACAAGCAAGGCGAUAGAUUAAGAAACGAUAACUUUGUCAGAGAUACGUUUAGCGACAAUAGCAACCGUUUUGAUAAUUUCAAGCCUACCGCUGCACCUAGAGAUAUGAACAUGAGUUUUAACAACACAAGCACAUCGAACGAGUAUUCGAAUGCAGCAACCGAAAAGAAUGAUUGUGAAAUCAUUGUUGUUAAUAAAGCAUUAACGGAGUAUGCGGAAAGUAUUGAGGCGCGAUUAAAAAAAAUUGGAUUAACGGUAGAUUUGCUAUUUCCAAACGAAGAUGUACUUCUGAGUAGAGUUCUAGGGAACAUAGCAAGUCGUGGAUGUUUGUAUGCAGUUGUAGUAACGCCUAUCAAUCAAGAGCAUCAUUCCCUAACGCUAAAUAUCCUUCACGGUUUACCGCAAGAACACAGAAAUAUGCUCGUUGACGACGCUAUUAAUUUAAUAUCACGCGAUUUCUCUAAUUACAAAGCUGGCGGACGAUCGGUCCCAGUGAACACACCGUUCGCGAACGAACGGCAUCCCGAUGCCAUUCAAGUUCUUUUAAAUAUGUUGGCCGAUAACCAUCAAUUAACAGUACUGCAGUACGAGCGUAUCAUAAAGUAUCUUGAAAUGAAACGCGAAGAACAAGUGCAAGUGGAAUUGGGAGACGUAAAAGAUUUACCAACGACGACUACGACGAUAGCGGUCAGCGAUCCGAAACAAGCUGAAUUACAGUCCAGGAUACUUAAUAUUCUGAACAGUAAUAAAACAAGUUCGUCCGCGCCAGCACCUAGUCCAGUGCCAGCACCAACUGCAGCACCAGUUCCGGUCCCACCAGCUACUUGGGGAUCAGCAGCAUCAACUGCCGCAACAGCGCCCACGACUACUACUACUACCGGAGUUUCACCGUCACCUCUACUAAACGAUCCAACAGUUCAAAAGGCACUUGACAGUCUAUUGCAAGGCAAUUUGCUCAAAAGCAUCGGCGAUCAACAACCGGCCACGACUACGACACCUCUGUUUGCCGCUUUUUCGAAUAUCGGCCGAUUUUAAUUAAUCUCAUUGUUUUUAUUAUGUUCGUUUCAUCUGGCAAGAAAUUCCAUUUCAUUUCACUUCAUUCGAUGAAGUGAAAAUUCGAUGACGAUGUUCGGUAGAAAAUCAGAAUGUUAGCAAACUCCGAGUUGACGGCAAGUGAUUUUGAUAUUUGUCUCUGGUGAAGUGUUAGCAUGCUUUCGCGUGCAUAAAGUAACACUUUUGAACACAGGAUUCAACAGUUUGUAAGAUGUUCUAUAGAUAUUAUUUGUAUAAUUCACAAUGAUAGGUAUACAUUGAUAUUUGUCUAUACGUUUGUUCGAUCCUUUCAUUCCUAGGAUAGAAAUAUUUUAGCAUACUAUAUACAGUAUAGUAAUUUAAAGAGGAGAAACGAAAUGUUGGAUGCAUAUCCAAUACUUUUCAAGUGUGAGCUUUAUGCUUCUUUUAUCCCUUUGCUACCAAUUAUGAUAAAGUUAACCAAGCUUUGGAUGCACCUUGGAUAUUAAGAACCAAGUUUAAAGUAUAGUUACAUACUGUAUUUUAUUAGAGCCUGAAUAGUUUCUUGCAAUGACAAGUAUUUCAAUAUGUAAUAUAUUUACUUAGUAAUCGACAAUUUAGUUAAAUAUUUUCAUCAUUUACUGGAAUUGUACGUUAUUCUUAUCUAAGUAUGUAGAAUUUAUUACAUUAUUGUUUCAAUGAAUUGCAACAGUUGUUUCUAUCACUUUUAUAGUCUUUAUUAAUCUCAUAAAGUUAUACCACUCAUGAUUACAAUGUCUGACUUCAACAGAGAUUAGGGAAAAACAAUUUGGGUAAUUUAUAAGCUCUGUAAACUUUGUCUGAUGUAAAAAUAUAAUAUAUAUAUUAUAUAUAUGCAAAACAUUUUAUGUUUGUAAUAAAUUAUAUAAUACGUAUAUAAUAUUAAGUUCUCUUUUGCAUUAUUGAAAAUGCACAUAUAUGGGUACAGAUUGUCUUUUUUUUUUAUUUUUUUUUUAAAGUAGAGGGAGUAAAUGAAUUUAUUACACGUGUUACAUAUUUUUCAAAUCUUGUAUUACCGCAUAAAGUUUAAUUAAUUUUAAUACCUAUACAAGUAUGUUACAUGAGAGAAGGAUUUAGAUGAAUAUCAUGUAUAACUUCAAUAAAAUGUUUUAGGAAUA